AUGAUGAUUUUCGAUAUCAUUCUACAAGCGGUCGUGAUUCUAGUUUCAGUUUUCAUGUUCCUUUGGAUGCAAAACAUACCUCAAGAUCUUUUCCAAAAGUUUUGCGAACGGCGAGCAAGAUCUGGUAUCCAAGCCAAGCGUCACUUCGUCCUCGGAGCUCAGCUUCUCGAUAAAGCCAGAUCUGAAAAGGACAGCUCCUCCAUAUCGUCGCUGGCUAACUCUGCCGCAGAGGAAGCAGAUAAAGCGAUCGCUCUGGAUCCUCGAGAUGCUGCUCCGCAUAUUCUCAAAGCCCUAGCAUUGGAUCUGCAGGGUUUCCGAUCUUCGGCGAUCGAUGCUCUGGAUGUGGCUUUAUCUUCUAUGACUAAAAAGUCGCUAUCGACGGAGGAAAGAGGAGAUGCGUUGUUGAAACGGGCGGAGCUGAGAGUGGGACUGAGUCAGGCGAGCGGCGGAGGCGGCGGGAAUAUUGACUCGGCAAUUUCGGACCUGGUGGAAUCGGUGAAGCUGAACUCGAAGAAUGCAAAGGCCCAUUUGAUUUUGGGCCAAUGCUAUGAAAAGAAAGAUUUGGUUGAUAAAGCAAGAAAUGCUUAUGAGGAAGCCCUUAGGAUUGACCCCAGAGUUAAAGAAGCUUCGGCCCGUUUGAAUUCAAUGUAA